GCUUGCCCUCUCAAGAGUACUAUAAAAACAAAUUUAGCUUCAGAAAGAAAAAAAAUCAAGUGCAUAGUUGCUUAGUUUCUAGUUUCCUUACUCUCCUUGCCCAGCUGCUCUGAGACUUGCAAGGAAAAUCCCAAGCUGUGUGCUCCUCCAUGGCGCCUGCUGCAAGCUUUGUGUUUGGCAUACUCUUACUUCUUGUUCUGAAAGGGAAUGGAGAGUACUGUAAGAUCUCAAGCAUCAAAUUAGAGAUUAGAAACACAGGGAUUAAGGUUGGUUCAGACCCUGUGUUUGAGGUAACAGUAAAGAAUACUUGCAGGUCCAAAGUGAUGAGGCUGUUCCUGAGAUCUGAAGGAUUUGCAAGCUCAAUGGAGGUGGAUCAGAAGCUAUUCAGAAGGGAAGGAGAUGACUAUAUUGUUAAUGAUGGAAAAGCCAUACAAAGCUCUGAAUCUGUGAAGUUUCUUUAUUCAUGGGAUAGGGCAUUUAGGAUGUUUCCUGCAGCCUUCCAGCCUUCAUGCUAAUAAUGAUGGAGUAGGAUUGGUUUCGUUUGGAAAAAUUUUCUUAUUGUUUUUUAAAGCAGCUUUUUAGUCAAUUUUUUUUCUAAAAUGCUAUUUUAGAAAACAGUGAAAAAUCAGUCCCAAGUAAAACCUGAAUGUUAUUGAGAUAAAGGGUGAAAUGUAUCAAAUAUAGUAUAUUUGAUUCUGUGCUGUAUUACUUGAUACUAAAAAAAAAUCAGCUCAUGAACAAUCUCUGAAUGAAAUCCAGCUUGAUUUUAUCCA